AUGAAGAAACAUCGUAAAGGUACUAAAACCAGCAUUAAAGCUGACGUCAUUGUGUUAGGAUGCAGCCUCCCUGGAAUCGUUACAGCACACAAACUGAAGAAGAAGUUCGGUGACACCAUGGACAUCGUUGUGUUGGACAUACAAGGAGUAUCCAAAGUACUUUCUAAGUGUAACGUCGCUUUCAAAGAAGACACGCCUGCCGAUGAUGACACAGACUCUUUAGACGACGCUUUUAAUAUCACACAAGCGAAGACAUAUGAACCUUCUUUAGUAAUAUUGGACUCGUUAGCAAAACAUUAUCUCAUUAAAUAUACCAAUGAAUUCAAAAUCCCAAUUCCAGUUGCUAUCAUUAAUCCAACGGAGAAUGAGUCCACUUUAGACAAACUAUUUGAAUAUUGUGAUGGAACAUUCGUCCGGUUUAACAAUCGCUUCCAUGAUUUUAACUAUCUUAAUUUCUUGGAGAAGUUUGAAUUAAAUCAGUAUCAAAAUUACUUGGACAAAAGCAUGAAAUGUCUAUUUCGACAUAACUCAUUUCAUGACCCAAAGCAGAGAAAAAGAUUAUUGUACUACGACCAAACGUCCAUGGAGACAAACAUUUGUCAGGCUUUACUAUUUUCUACUUCUAGAGAAAUAAUGAGAACUACUGUAAAAUUAGUGUGCGGAGCACCAGCGGAUACAGUGUCUCUGUUGUUCUAUCUUCAUCAGUGUUACAGAACUAGUGGUCCGAAAAAUCAUUUAGAUGGACAAAAUACUAGACUUCGGGAAAAACUAAUAGGUCACUGCAGAAUACGACUCUGGACCCAACUCACAGAAAGCAUUGCUGAUAUUACGUUGCCAGCGAAAGCUAUAAAAAAUAUCCGCACGUAUAAUGAUGCUGAUGUUGAACAUGUCAUGUUAGAAACUAUGAUGGGUGAAACUACAUAUGUUUGCAGUUUAUUAGCUAUGGCUUUAAAACCUGAUCAAUUACAAAAAAUCCAAGUCGAAAACGGAUUGUUGCCAGAUGAAGAGGCUACGAUAGCCAAAGAUUUAGCUCCCGGGAAGGCCAAGAAGUUUUUAAUACAGUACGAGGAAAGUUUUUGGGAGCAACAAGGCUUCAGUGGUGAUAUCUUGAGUAUACGUGGCCCAAUAAUCUGGGCUAUGGAAAGACCAAGACUAUCAUGCACGGGAAGCGUCCAGAAAUAUGCUGCUCUCAUUGGUUAUCUAAUGGUGAAAGAUGAUGAAACUGACUCCAAAGAAGCUGUAUUGCAGCAGCUUGUAAGCUUAUAUGGACAGGAAGCUGGAUCUCCUGUGACAUACAGAGAAUCUUCUAUAGCUGAUAUAUUUGUUCCUCGGUGCGGCAAUUAUGUUGGAUUGCGCGUGUUGACUAAUGAAGUGAGUCCAAGAGGCUUAGAAUGGGGAGCAUUCGACGUGUUUGCUGAUGGGGACGUUGCUUCUGCGCUAGAAGCUGGGCAUUCGGCUUAUUUACAUUUAGUGAGUUGUCUACGGCCACAAGCACAGACGUUCGAGGAUAUAUCGGCAAGUGAUUGGCCGACAGUACUGAAUGACUCUCCUUUCCAGUGGUGGUUUUCUCGAAUUAAUGUUGUCAAUACCAUCAAGGUAACCAUAUGCACGACCGCUAUUAUUGCUGCUUAUAAAUUAAUCCGUUCAUAUAUAAACAAGAACUGA